CGGGUACUUCAUUCACUGCUUCCUUUCGCGCCGGGUAGCCGGAGAGCCGUGCGUCCAUGUGCGCAGUGACUGGGAACUGAUAGACCUCUGAGAUAUUAAAAUCCGAGCCGCAAACAGAGUUUUCGCGAUGGAUCCCGAGUCUUUGGUCGAGGCCCUUCGGGGGACGAUGGACCCCAACCUGCGGGAGGCCGCAGAGCGACAGCUGAACGAGGCUCACACCCAGGUAAACUUCAUGUCCACUCUGCUGCGCGUCACCAUGACUGAUCAGCUGGAUUUGCCGGUUAGGCAAGCAGGUGUGAUUUACCUGAAGAACAAGAUCAUCCAGCACUGGAGUGAUGGAGAAGUUGCAGGCACAGAGCCACCAGUUAAUAACAUCCCAGAGGAAGACAGGCAGUUUAUUCGAGACAGCAUAGUAGAGGCAAUCAUCCAGUCCCCCGAGCGCAUCAGAGUCCAGCUGACGACAUGCAUCCACCACAUCAUCAAGCACGACUACCCCGGGAAAUGGACGAGCAUCGUGGACAAGAUUGGCUUCUACCUGGAGUCUGACAACAGUUUAGCCUGGCUGGGGAUCCUGCUCUGCUUAUACCAGCUCGUCAAAAACUAUGAAUAUAAGAAACCAGAAGAGAGGCAGCCUCUGGUGGUGGCCAUGCAUAUCUUCAUGCCCAUGCUGAAGGAUCGCUUCAUCCAGUUGCUCCCAGAUCAUUCAAACGAGUCUGUCCUCGUACAGAAACAGAUCUUCAAAAUUCUCUACGCUCUCUUUCAGUAUAACCUCCCUCUGGAGCUAAUCAACAGACAGAUUCUGACAGAGUGGAUGGAGAUCCUGAAGACGGUUGUGGACAGGGACGUUCCCCCAGAGACUAUGCAGAUUGAUGAAGAUGAGCGGCCUGAGCUUCCGUGGUGGAAAUGUAAGAAAUGGGCCCUUCAUAUCUUGGCUCGACUGUUUGAGAGGUAUGGGAGUCCAGGCAACACAACCAAAGAGUAUGCAGAGUUUGCUGAACUGUUCCUGAAGGAGUAUGCAGUGUCUGCCCAGCAGGUGCUGCUGAAGGUCUUAUAUCAGUAUAAAGAAAAGCAAUACGUGGCUCCCAGAGUUCUCCAACAGACCCUUAACUACAUCAACCAGGGAAUAGCACACGCUUUGACAUGGAAGAACCUCAAACCACACAUCCAGGGCAUCAUUCAGGAUGUGGUUUUCCCCCUCAUGUGUUACACAGAUUCCGACGAGGAGCUUUGGCAGGAGGAUCCGUACGAGUACAUCCGCAUGAAGUUCGACGUGUUUGAGGACUUCAUUUCCCCAACAACAGCUGCCCAGACGCUGCUCUUCACUGCCUGCAACAAGAGGAAAGAGGUACUUCAAAAGACGAUGGGCUUCUGCUACCAGAUUCUCACUGAUCCCAGUUCAGACCCCAGGAAAAAAGAUGGAGCCCUGCAUAUGAUUGGCUCUCUGGCUGAAAUCCUGCUGAAGAAAAAGAUCUACAAAGACCAGAUGGAGUUCAUGUUGCAGAAUCAUGUCUUCCCCCUGUUCCGCAGUGAACUGGGCUACAUGAGAGCCAGAGCCUGCUGGGUGCUGCAUUACUUCUGCGAAGUGAAGUUCAAAAGUGACCAAAACCUCCAGACGGCUCUCGAGCUGACCCGAAACUGCCUCAUUAAUGACAACGAGAUGCCGGUAAAGGUGGAGGCAGCCAUCGCUCUGCAGGUUCUCAUCAGCAACCAGGAGAAAGCCAAAGAAUAUAUUGCUCCCUACAUUCGGCCGGUGAUGCAGGCUCUCCUGCAUAUAGUCAGGGAAACGGAGAAUGAUGACCUGACAAACGUCAUACAAAAGAUGAUCUGUGAAUACAGUGAGGAGGUCACUCCCAUCGCCGUGGAGAUGACGCAGCAUUUGGCGAUGACGUUCAAUCAGGUGAUUCAGACGGGGCCCGAUGAGGAGGGAGGCGAUGAUAAAGCGGUGACGGCAAUGGGCAUCCUCAACACUAUUGACACAUUGCUCAGUGUGGUGGAGGACCACAAAGAGAUCACCCAGCAGCUGGAGGGAAUCUGUCUGCAGGUGAUCGGAACCGUCCUGCAGCAGCACGUGUUGGAAUUUUACGAGGAGAUCCUGUCACUGGCCCACAGCCUGACCUGUCAACAGGUGUCACCACAGAUGUGGCAGCUUCUACCACUUGUGUACGAAGUCUUCCAGCAAGAUGGCUUUGACUAUUUUACAGAUAUGAUGCCUCUCCUUCAUAACUACGUCACAGUGGAUACAGACACCCUCUUGUCAGACACAAAAUACCUGGAGAUUAUCUAUAGCAUGUGCAAAAAGAUUCUGACCGGUGACCCAGGUGAAGAUCCAGAGUGCCAUGCAGCCAAGAUGCUGGAGGUGAUCAUUCUGCAGUGCAAAGGCCGAGGCAUCGACCAGGUCGUGCCCCUGUUUGUUGGCACAGCGCUGGAGCGUCUGACAAGGGAGGUAAAGACCAGCGAGCUAAGGACCAUGUGCCUGCAGGUGGCCAUCGCUGCUCUCUAUUACAGCCCCCCUCUCCUCCUCAACACGCUGGAGAAUUUGCGCUUUCCCAACAGCACUGAGCCAAUCACCAACCACUUCAUAACCCAGUGGCUUAAAGAUGUCGACUGCUUUCUUGGCCUCCAUGACAGGAAGAUGUGCAUCCUUGGCCUCUGUGCUCUCAUUGACCUCGAUCACAGACCUCAGGCAGUCAACCAGGUGGGCGGGCAGCUCCUUCCUGCAGCCAUCCUUCUGUUCAGCGGCCUCAAGAGGGCGUAUGCUUGUCGAGCAGAACACGAGAACGAUGAUGACGAUGAUGAUGAAGAUGGGGAGGAGGAGGAUGAAACUGCGGAGUUGGGGAGUGACGAAGACGACAUCGAUGAAGAGGGCCAGGAGUAUCUGGAGAUGCUGGCGAAGCACGCAGGAGAGGAUGGAGACGACGAAGACUGGGAAGAGGAUGACGCUGAGGAGACGGCACUGGAGGGCUACACUACUGCUGUAGAUGAUGAAGACAACCUAGUGGACGAGUAUCAGAUCUUUAAAGCCAUACUACAGAAUAUCCAGACCCGCGACCCGGCAUGGUACCAGGCACUAACGCAAACCCUAGAUGAGGAGCAGCGCAAACAGCUCCUGGAAAUCGGCACACUUGCAGACCAGAGGCGGGCGGCACACGAGUCCAAAAUGAUCGAGAAACACGGCGGGUACAAGUUCACAGCGCCGGUGGUGCCAUCUACUUUCAACUUCGGGGGCUCUGCUCCAGGAAUGAAUUGAAUCAUCUAUUCUAAUUUUUUUUUUCUUUUUUUUUUAUUACUCUGUGACUGAUUGUAGUGAAGUGAGAAAAAAAAAAGCUUGUGUUGUUCCCUUAAAUAGUAGUUCCAGACCUGGUUCUUCUGAGUCAUUCUUCAAUCUGUCAAAAGAGGGGAAAAGAAGGCACCAAAAGAUAUGGGGAGGGGGGGAAUAACUACAACACAACGGAUGGCUCAGGAAACCAAACCAUGAACUUGAUCAAGACCCAAGAGAAGCUCUAAACAAUGUUGUCCCCUGGAGCCCUGAGACAGCAACUUCCUAUUUUCUUCCCGCUGAAACAAAAAAAAUAAUAAAUGGGGGGUUACCUGAUAGAAUUGAUAAUGGGACUAAAUAUUUCAUUAUCACUGUUGUGAACAUAAGAUCACACCUCUGGUAGUGAUUGAAUCUGCAUAAACAAACAUGUUUAUGUAUAUACAAGCCAAGGUUAUUGGUUUUUCAAGUAUCCUUGGGGGGGAAAAACGACUAGAGGCUUUUGUAAGGUAUCCACAGCUGUAUUCAUAUGUAGCAUAUUGGAUAAUUCAUAGCACUAUGUGAUACCUAAUCUCUGUAAAUUAAUGACUAGCACUUUCAUAUUGUUCAGGUCUUCUAGCCUUCUGUAUCAGACUGCAAAUGUUUUUUUUUUUGUUUUUUUAAUUCAAAACUAUUUAAAAUGGGGGAAACAGGCUGUAACAUUGUUACUUUGCAGGUGUUAACAGCUAAUUAAUAAUGCAUCUGGUUAGUGAAUCAGUUGCAGACAUGAGUUUCAGUAAGAGGAUGCUUUGGUGUUCAAUAAGGCUACGGGACAAGUGUUUGUGAGCACUGGAAGUGGCGUUGGAUACAUCGUUGAAGCAUGUACAGUUCAACUUUUCGUGAAGGUCGCAAGCUUUUGGUUGGUGUAUGGAUGAACCAUCUAUAUAUACAACAUAUUAAAAGAAGCUAAGGGAAA